CCUAAUUGUUGUGAUAAACUUAUUAAAUAGAUCAUCGAUAAAACAAACAUUUUGUUAAUGUAGCUUCAGCUGCUAAGGUAUCUCAGUAGAGAUUUAAUACGAGAUGGCGAAACUAUCAGAUCUUGUCAAUGGACCGGCGCACAAUAAUGAAUCUCACGGACAACAGCACAACGGAAAUGAAGCAAAUUCUGGCAUGGAUACUAGCUCUGCCGUCGCACAGAACGCUCAUGUAUUGAAUCCUUUUAAUAUCCCGAAUUUAAACAUAACUGAUGUCUGGGAGACAAAUCUUGAGGAGAUUUUUGCUAAAAUACGAACUAUCAUUGAUACUCACUACUAUGUGGCAAUGGACACCGAAUUUCCAGGUGUUGUCGCCCGGCCACAAGGUCAAUUCAAAAGCCAUUCCGAUUACACGUAUCAGAGUGUUAGGUGCAAUGUGGAAUUACUGAAAAUCAUUCAACUAGGCCUGGCGUUCUUCAACGAAGCUGGAGAGCUGCACUCUUGCUACCAGUUCAAUUUCAAAUUUGACAUCCAGCACGACAUGUUCGCCAAGGACUCCAUAGAUCUUCUUCAGACUUCUGGCAUCCAGUUCAGUCGCCUCUCCGAAGACGGUGUUGACAUACUACACUUUGCUGAACUCCUCAUGGUGAGUGGGCUAGUGCUAGUAGACAGCGUGAAGUGGAUCUCUUUCCACUCGAGUUACGACUACGGAUACCUUCUGAAGCUCCUCUGCAACCGCAGUCUGCCGGAGACAGAGGACCAGUUCUACUCCCUCCUCCAGAUAUACUUCCCACUCAUUUACGACGUCAAAUUCCUCAUGAAGAGCUGCAAGGCACUUAAAGGUGGCUUGUCUGACAUUGGCGAGCAACUGGAUGUGGCCAGAAUCGGACCAGAGCACCAGGCAGGCAGUGACAGUAUCCUCACUGCUAUGAUUUUCUUCAAAAUGGUUAAGGUUUACUUCGAGGACCAUUUGGACGAUGACCAGUAUGCUGGACAGCUGUUCGGCCUCGGAGCCAACAAGUGAAGAGAACCAAAGCGAAUCAGCUGCACUGUGCAAUGGUAGAAAAGCUCGGUUUGCCGAAGAUAUCUUAGUCGUGUUUCAAAAGUUUAAAUUUAUCCUAGAAUCCAUGCGAUUCAUUAUGAAAUUUUGCAAAAAUUUGUUAAUGGUAUAACUAAAUUAUAACAGCAGUUAUUACAGCAGUUUUAUGCUUUCAGUUUUUGGUGAAAAUUGAAAAAAAAAUGAGUUUUUUUUAAUUGGCAACUUGAAGCUUCGGCAAUCGCGAUGCAUCCUGACCAGAAUAAAACAAUCUUUUUCUCAUGAUAUCUGCAGUAUGGGAAAGAUUAAAGAUGUAAAUUUCAUUCGGGCGAUGAAUUAUUUGUUUCGUGGAUUUUAAUUGAACUUGGAGCGAGUUUGAUCUUGAUUGGGUGUCCUAGUUCCACAUUAGAUGAGUCACAAUGCUAAAAAUUAAGAAGCCUUAAAAAUCAUAAAUUAUGUCUUUGAAAAAUUCUCAUAUCUCUUACUUAAUUUUCUACAUUUGUAGAUUGUGAAAGAUUGGAAUAAUCAUCUGUUUAGUAGGAAGAAGAGUUUCGUAUUUUUUAGCAUUGUUAUAAUGUGAUUACCAUGUAAUAUGAAGCUCUUCGAAAUCAGAUUUAGACAAGCUCA